UCUCUCCGCUCGGUAGCUCGCUUCCUCCCACUUCUUCCUCGCAUCUCCAUCACACUGAGAGACGGGUAAGUAAACCUCCAUCCCCCUCUCCCUUUAUCAUUUCUCUGGUUUUUGGUAUAAAUUCGCAUGUGGGUUUUGCUAUUUCUGAGCUCAUAUCAGAGAAAAUACCCAAUUGUUAUCAUCCCUCUAGUCACACAACACAGUUGAAGAUGGCAAAGCGUCUAAUUGCAACCCUCAAUCGUGGCCUAGUUGGCAAACUCUUCUCCGAGUCCUCUACCAAGCUGAACUCCGGAAAGCCAGUGGUUGUGGGAACGUGUGGACUGGAAAAAGCAUGCUAUAGUACCCAAGCCAAGCAAGAAUCUCAUUUUUACGAUGGCGCUUUUGUGGAUGCAUUCCUGAUGAAAAUGAAGAACAAUAAAGAUCUUCUUAACAAUAAGAAAAUUUGGUCACGCAGAUCUACCAUUUUGCCAGAAUUUGUGGGUACUACAGUCCGUAUCUAUAAUGGAAAAAAUCAUAUUCGCUGCAAGAUCACCGAAGAGAAGGUUGGUCAUAAAUUUGGAGAGUUUGCAAUGACACGGAAACGAAGAAUUCAGGCUAAAACUACUGCACCAGUAAGACCAGUGAAACCAGGAAAAAAAGCAGGCAAAAAGUAAAGGUCCGAGAGCGUGCACAAUGUCAGGCAUAUGGUGAAAUUCACAACAUACCAGAUUCUGUCUCAUUCAGGUGAAUUCUGAUACACAUGAAGGAUCUGGUUGGAUUUUGUCCUGCUGAGGAUUGUGUUCGGUUUCGAUGCGAGUCAGUUUUAAUUAAGCGUUGAAAGUUUCUUAGUGGAUGUUUGUGUUUGCUAUCCUUCUGCUCAAGUGAAGCAACCUUCAUGUUUUAUUAGUAUGAUGAAUUUCUGAUAUGUCUAUUGUGUCGGAAGAAAUCUAAUGGCAGAAGUAGGUUUUCCAAGUGAAUGUGGCCAGGCGGGAAGAGAUGGGGCUGAGAUAAAAGUAAGUAUGAAAUAAAAUGUCAAAAUUGAUAUA